GUGGUGGAUGCCACAUCUCGGCUGCUAGACACCGUGGAGAGAGCUCAAAGCGGUUUUGCAGGCAAACAGACGUUUCCGAGAUUGACUGCGCAACAUUUCCUUACCCACGCCGCGGAUCUGACACUGCCGGCGCACCGCCCGAUACCACCAGGAGCCGUUGUUGGACCCGGGCCCUUAGGUGAAAGCUGCGCGCGGCACUGCGAGAACCAAGGACAGGUCUGCGUGGACGCAGACAUUGCCGCAGUCGCGCAUUGCGCGCCUCCCCUGACAUUCUCCUUUGCCUGCUCCAUCUGUGACACAGAGGCUGCCACAGCUGCCUUCCCUGGCCAAAAUCGGGAUACCGGCCGCUGUGGGGCUCAGAUGCCAGCGCCAGGUGCAAAGCUGCCGGCAGCUGACUGUGACGCCCAGGCAUCGCGGGUGCGGCGGCUCUGCGUCUGCCGCAGGGCAAUAGGCUCUGAGACCGGGGUUACAGCGCCUGUGCGGCUGCUCAGCCCGGGGCGGCACUUUGCGCGAGAGGCAGGCAACACCGCCAGCGGUGCGGUGGCGUCUGGGGAGCGCCUGGAAGCCUUCGCGGCAGCCGUGGCCAGGGACAGGCAGGGGGCGAAGGGCCUGGCCCUCUCUGCCUUUGCAUUAGCUCCGGCCCAAGGGCAAGAACCUCCGAAGGAGCUGCUGCUGAACAUCCAAAACCUUUUCGUGCUUUUCCUGGUGGGCAACAUGACGAGUGCCCGUCCGGACCUGCGUGCCUUGAGGCGCACAACUGGAAUGAUUCCGAACAACAUUCUCGUGGUCCAUCGCGGGGGUGCGUCAGCUGCCGGCAUCGCGGAGUUCGGCUUUCGAAGCUUAGACCUCGGGCCAGGGGCACGGCGAUCGAAGAAGGCAUCGCUGGGGUUUGCCGGCCUCGGGCUCCGGGAAGCGGCUGCUGCUGCGGCCGAGGUUAAGGCCAGCGGCAUCAUCGUGCUUGAGGAAGGCCAAGCCUUGUCGUCGGACUUCUUCAUCUUUCACGGCCAGCUCCUCUCCAUGCUCCAGCGCGAUCCAACCCUGUGGUGUGUCAGCGCCUGGAAUGAGAAUGCGAUAGCGCCCUAUGCGGCGGAUGCCACAGUGGUCCUACGAACGGACUGGUUCUCGGGCGUGGCAUGGAUGGUCACAGUGGACCUGCUGGAGAAGGAGAUGCUGCCAAAGUGGCAGGAGGGGGCUUGGUUGAAUGACUUCCGCCGCCUCUUUCGCGGCCGGCAGUGCCUCGUACCGGAGGUCUCACGGGCGACCCUGGCGUUGGGUCAGGGAGGGGAGCAGCCUCUGUCUCAGUCCGUCCUGGCCAGCAUACCUCUUUGCAGCAGCAGUUGGGUGGACCUGGGCAGCACUGAGCGUCUCACAGAGAAGAACUACAUGCGGCUCUUCCUCAGCGACUGGCCCGGCGAGGGAUUGGCCAGGUCCACGCCGCUGGCCUCGCUACGGCCUCUCGCAGAUGGUCGGGCGAACUCCAAAGGCCCAUAUCGACUAGCUUUGAAAGGCCGCGGGCGGGAAGAUGCCAAUUGGAAGGUCGUGGCCACCUUUUUCGGCCUGCUGCCCGAGGCAUCCAUCCGUGUCACCUACUUCGGGGUGCUGCGCUUGAGGUGGCGCGACAGCAUCCUGUAUCUGAUCACGGCGGCUUCCCCAUUUCAGCAGAACAGGGCGUCCAAGGUGGAGGUGCCGAGCAUCGUGACGGAGGGCCUCAGGUCUUGGGGCCAACUCAAGAGCAGCAUUCUCCCGAUGGACCCAAUGCUCUUCUUCUCUCUGACGGCGCCAUUCCUGCGGCCUCCUGGGGGGGAGGUGCAUGCAGCAUCAGCGACCGGCAAGACCUGCUUGGAGACCUGCCUCAACUACGGCCUCACUUGCCUGGACCAGGAUCUUCUCUUCAUCAACCACUGUGCUGCCCUGGCUACUAUCUUCAAGUGCAGGGCCUGCGAGCCAGGCCUGGACAACGCAGGAGUUGAUCAGUCUGGGGUAUGCCUCUUCAAAGUGUCGGCGUCGGACCUGCCGGGGCAGCCAGAAGAUUUCUAG